UCUUCCCCAGGGGCAUCCCAUGUUUGCCUACACGCCUCCGCCCGGAUGAUCCGUCCCCGAUGGCUCCCCAGCGCGGCCGCCCUCGGCGCCAGGUCCAUCUCGUCGGUCCGCAACCCCAAGGAUCCACGGUGGAUGGUGCCCGGGAGGAAGGCCCCGGACAGCAAAGACAGAGAACCUGAGGAUGAGCUCGGGAUCCCAAAGGUUGAGCUCAGUCCCAAGGACGAGUUCGCCAAGUGGAGGACGCUCGUCGAGACCCCCGGGUCCGGGCUUGAUCCUAUCGAGGAGGCGAGCCGCCUCGAGGCCAAGAAUCAGUUUUGGAAGCGCAACAACCAGGCUGCUCGCAUGCUUGUUCUCGAAGGUCUGCCGACGUCGCUGGUCUCGAGCGACUUUUUGCGUCUAAACGCUAAGGAUCUCGCUAGCUGGAGGAACCUCAUCAAGGAGGUCCAGCAGGAGCGUGACCCGUGGACGCUCGACCCCAUCGGCACCUACCGCAUCUCGUUCGGAUCGAGCUCCGCCGCCGAGCUUUACCAAGCCACGCUCGACCGUCUCCUCCGUCUCGCCCGGAUAAAGCUGCACUGCACCACCGGCCUUUGGACCAGCGAGGUCCCGCCGGGGCUGCGAGGCGACGGCGAGUUCGAGGCCGAGCUCGAGCAGUUCUCCCUCGUCCCGGGUUCGUACCCGGGCACCAUCUCGUCCAGACUGUCCCGCGCCAAGGGCAAAUGGCCAUGGCAGCUCCUCAUGGACCUCCUCGUCCGCCGCUCCGGCUAUAGACUUCCCCCGGCCGCGGUCCUGCUGCAGCUGCGGCACCCGCUCAUAUCGGGCCCGGGACUCGACAGGCUGAUCAGAAUGGACGGCGCCGAGCGCAACCAUCCGUGGAACGUCAGCUCCGUCUACUCGCUCUCCCGCACCACCGAAGACCACGCCUUGCUCGACAAGCACGGUAUGCGAGUGCCCCUAGAAGACAUCAACUUUCGCCUCAAGCUCAACACUCGCUUUGUCCUUCUUUGCAGAGACUCCGAGGUUGCCUGGCGGUUUAUUCGGAGCUGGAACCAGCGGGAGCUUGAGGUGGACGACGAAGGCAGAAAAACGACAGUGACGGCAUCGUAUAUUGAGUUUUAG